GCAGCAGCAGCAGCAGCACGCCGACCUCAGCGAGAUGGGCGAGCGCAUCGUUCUCGACGAGAUCACGGGCGAGGUCGUCGACGGGGAGACGUACUACGGGUGGUCCCGCAGGUUCUGCGAGAAGAUGAAGCAGCGAAGGAAGAAGACCAAAGGCGGAGCAGCAGACCGCGGCCGUGGGCGGUCCGACUCCAGGAGCCGUUCUCGGAGCUCCUCCCGCAGCCGAUCCAGCAGAAGCGAUUCCCCCCCGGCCUUUAAACGACGCAGACUGUCGCCGGACUCGCGGACUCCUAGCCGCAGUCGGAGCCGUGACCGUCGACACAGUCCUCGGCGGGGCAACCGUUACGACUCGAGAGACUAUAGCAGGUCCAUGUCCCGGUCAAGAUCCAGGUCGAGGUCGCGUCCUCGGUACAGAUCAAGAUCAACCUCGCGCGAUCGUGGCCCAGCAAGAGAUGGCGAUAGGAAUAAGGGCCGCGCCAGUGCGAGCAGGUCACCACUACCACCACCCGACCGCAACCGGCACCACAACCCUCCAGAGUUUGGGGCAGGAGGCCACACCACCGGCUGGGGACAACCGCAACAUCACCAUCUUCAGCCUCCUCCGCCGCCCCCUCCCUCAAGCUACAACCCCCCGCAACCUCAAGCCUUCCCGCCGUACCCCCCGCCACUACCACAAGCGGCCGGCGGCUUCGGUCACUUCCCACCGCCUCCGCCACCGCCUCCGCAAGGCUACAAUGGUCAGUGGCCGCCGCCGCCGCCACCGCCUCACCUCGGCGGCCCCCCUCCACAGCACGGCUGGGCUCCUCCGCCGCCGGGCCCAGGGGUUCCGCAUAUGGGUGGCGGGUGGGCGGCACCUCCGCCUCCACCGCAGCAGCAACAGCAGCAGAAUCAGUAUCAGCAGUACGGACGAGGUAAUGGCGGAGGCUACCGUGGACGAGGGGGCAGGGGUGGAGGCUUCGAUCGCGGCAGAGGCGGGUGGUAGUCAAGAAGACAGAGAGAGAAACCUGUAGAUUAGCAAAAUACACGCCAUCAAACAUGACACGAAUACCGCA